GAGGAGCAUGAACGGAAGUUAGACAUUUUAAUUACACGUCUCAUUCCCAUUCUGAUAUGUCUAUCCAUAAACUCCUCUAUUGUCAAAAUGAAUCCAAACUCAGUUUGAAGGAACAACGCCUUAUAUGCCGGCUGGGUAGCCUCCAACCUGAUGCCAUGAACAUUGACUUCUCUAACUUCCGUUAAUGCCCCUCCUCCCCUUCUUACCCCAUCCCUGAUAUAUUUAGUUGUUUGAAUGUACUCCAUUUCCCUCUGGUACGCAGUUCACACCAGGGAGAGGCCGUUCUCCUGCUCCGUGUGCGGGAAGCGAUUCACUUGGCCAUCUCAACUGAAGGUACAUCAGAGAGUUCACACUGGGGAGAAGCCGUUCACCUGCUCAGACUGUGGGAAUGGAUUCACUUGGUCGUCUCAACUACUGAGACACCAGCGAAUUCACACUGGGGAGAGGCUCGGACUUUGGGAAGAGAUUCUCUCAGCCAAAUCAACCAAAUGUGCAUCACUGACUUGAUACCGGGGAGAGACUGUUCACCUACUGUGAAUUUGGGAAGCGAUUCGCUUAUUCAUCUAACCUUAUGUAACUCUUGCUUCGGCUAUCAGCUUAAACUAGGAGUUGAAAGCUUUACCCCCCACUCCUGCCCACCCGGCCAAACUUAAGAAAUCACA